CGGCCGGGAAAGGCUUGCCAGGCAUCGCCAAAGCGGUGUGCCGCUACUACCAUCUCAUACAAACGUUAGCCUUGGGGCCAGACCGGCUGCUGCCGGCAGAUGACCAUUGCAAAUCCCCGCUCCAUCCAAAUUUUGGGUACUCAUGACAGGUUCAGGCACCAGAGGGAAUAAAUAAGUACAGCUCAAACGCCCCUCUGAUCGUGUCGCCUACACACCCUCCUUUAUCCCCGCUCUCCCUCGGCCUAUAAUGAACCGACCUGUGUCUAUGGCCCAAGACGCUUUGCCAGAUGAUCGCACACUUACACGGCCCAUUGAACAAUGUCUGCCCCUACCUAUUACCCCAGGUCAGCCGCCUAUGACGGGUGUUAUUGAUAAGAGGUUUCUUGCUACAACAAAAGAGGUGCAUACAGCUAGUACAACCUUCUGGAAGUCACCAGGGCGCUCGAACCGUACAACGCGGAGCUAUUUAAUCGACAGUUGAGGAUUUUGCCAAACCCGGCUCUAUGUUGAACUGGGAUGAAGACCACUGGGGAAUCUGGGCAGAGAGAAGCCGAAAUUUAUUUUUCCUUUUCUGAGGGCCCACAUGACAUAGGACCCUUCUUGCAGUGCUUUGGAACAUGUAGUAUAAAAAGGGCAACAGCCCAGUUCUAGAACAAGGGGAACAAUAAUAAUGUAUAUUGGGAGCAAUUGAA